UGUCUGCUGUGGAUUGUUGUCGACCUGACAUUAUCUUACUUGAAGUACCCAGUUAUUACCAAGUCGAGUGUGGAAUAUCUCCCGUCCAUGGAUUUCCCCACCAUUACAUUCUGCAACGCUAACGGAUACAACAGCAACGUAGUGGAAAACCCCACUGCCAUGAAGGAACUGUUUGUGUCUCUGAACCCGAUUCUUUCCAAUUUAAUAAAGGUAAACGAGUCUUCAGUGUCUCCUUUAAUGAAGACAGAGCAAGCCUUUCUCUACAGGACCAUGUCCCUCAGGAAAUGGGAUUACAUGCGGUUUGCUCUCUUCCGAGGGCAAGAAGUGACUCUCGACAUGUUUGACGAGGUUAAUGGUGCAACAGGAUACUGCUUCCGGUUUAACAGCGAGGAAAUGAUCCGUCGUCAUGGAGUCCACACAACAAACACUCCAGGCCCAAGUGGAUCUCUGGAGCUUCUCCUGGACAUCCACCAGGAACACUACUUUCCCGGCCCACUCAACCUGGCAGCCAUGAUGAUAUACAUCAAUCACCCGUCUGACAAACAGAGUCAUCUUGAUCCCGUGAUCGCUGUGGCCCCCGGGACGACGGCUUACAUCUCCAUGACCAAAUACCAGUACAAGUUCCUGCCGAAGCCGUACAAGUCGUUUGGUGACGACACCUGCAUUGACACCGACAGUCCCACCUUCACUAACCCCCUCAAGUAUGCGUCCUCCUACAGCUUCGACGCCUGCAUAGACGAGUGUCUGAGCCACCACUCCACAACCAACUGUAGGUGUAAGACCUCUUCAGACCCGGACGACCUGCCAUACCCAUACUGCACGUUGGAGAGGAACUCUUCGGCUGCACAUUUAAUUACACCGGUAAGAACAUGCUAAUUCCGAUGUCA